AUGUCGAUUAAGAUUGACAGAGAGCUGAGGUCAGUCUACAAGCGGAUGUUUGAGCCCCUACAUGUACGAGAGGCGAUGUUUCAGAGGUUGACAGGGCAGUUCUGCACCAUUCAGACUCUGAAGAAAGGACAAGUCUAUGCAGCUGAAGACAAAACUUCUGUGGACGAGCGCCUGAGCAUUCUGCUCAAAGGAAAGAUGAAGGUAUCAUACCGAGGACAUUUUCUUCACAACAUCUACACCAACUCAUUCAUUGAUUCUCCGGAGUUCCGGUCCACAGAGAUGCACAGAGGAGAGAAGUUCCAGGUGACUAUCAUGGCAGAAGAGAACUGUAAGUUCCUGUGCUGGUCCAGAGAGAGGCUCACCUAUUUCCUGGAAUCAGACACUUUCCUCAAUGAGGUGUUACGAUACCUCAUUGGCAAAGACAUUACCAACAAACUGUACUCUCUCAAUGACCCCACACUCAGUGACAAGGCCGCAAAGAAGCUGGACCGCCAGCCCAGUCUGUGCUCACAGCUCUCCAUGAUGCAGAUGAGGAAAAGCAUGGCGAGCACGAGUGACACUGAUGAUGUGCUGAACCAAAUCCUACGUGGAGGAUCUGCUGGCUCCUCACUCCAGAAAUCACCUGAUACAAAGACUUCCUCGAAGAUGAAACCAAUAGAAGAAGUUAUGGAGGAUGAUGUUUUUGAAAAGUCCUCCAAUCCUCAACACCUUUCUACCACAUCCAUUGAGGAUGUGCAGUGAAGAAGGAAGA